UUUAUGAAGGAAGGCAAUGUUCGUCUGCAGUUUUAUAGCAAGCAGUGUGUUUAUUAUUUUGUAGCCAGUGUAACUUGUUAAGCAAUCAUAUGAAUAGAAAGAAUGCACCACCAAGCUUUGCAAAUAGGAAGGAGGUCCUUAAAACGGAAACCGAUGAUGUCACGCCAGAUCAUGUGUUCUCCUUAAUGAGCUACAAUGUUUUGGCGGAUUGUCACACACACCCAUAUACAUAUCCAUACAGAGACCCCACCCACCUAGAUAUCAACUUCCGCCAUAAAAGGCUACUUGAAGAGCUUCAGUUCUCCGACUGUGACGUCAUUUGUUUACAGGAGGUGGGUCCUGGGUAUUACAAAGAUACACUGGAGCCUGAAAUGCAGAAAUUAGGCUACGGGGGAGUAUAUUAUAAAAGAACGUUCGAGAAGAAUGACGAAGGGUGUGCUACUUUUUUCAAAUCUUUUAAAUUUACGUUGCAAGACAGCGUUGCAUAUAAAUUUGGGGAAAUUGCUGAAAAGGUAUCUUUUUUUACUGAUGAAAGAAAUGACACAACGGAUUCUGAUUUUUCACGAUACACGGACCGCUGUGACGUUGCCUUGGUAACCCUUCUUAAGCACGUGACCACAGCGUAUACUGUUGUUGUUGCCAACACGCACCUUGUAUGGGAAAGUGAACAUCUAAUGGACGUGCGUUUCAUUCAGUCACUAUGCUGUUUGGUGGCUCUGCGAGAAUUUAGAGAACGACAUACCGGAAGAGUUGGUACAAUUCUCUGUGGAGAUUUCAACAGUGAACCUACAGAUCCCGCGUACGCGCUGAUCGUUAGUGGUUGUCUAAAGGAGGCUAACAUGAAAUUAAUCCAAAGUGGAAAGAAUAUAUCGUUAGACACAACGAAGAAGAUGUUAAAAGUUUUGGAAGAGGACAAGUUGAUUCUUGAGAGUGUCUACAAACACGUAUCGAAAACAGAGCCAAAAGUAACCAAUCUUGACGCAGAAUUCUGUCUUUGUCUGGACUAUAUAUUUUUCGAGCCUCGCUCGGAGACAUCUAAGGGGAGUGGCCUUGAAGUCCUUUCGGUGUUGGAUUUUUUGUCAGAAGAAGAAAUGAGAAAGAACCUGCCACCAAGUGAAAUAUUCCCGUCAGAUCAUCUACCACUUAUAGCAAAGUUUUUCUUUAACUAAAUUACAUGCAUAUCUAAUGUAGGAUCCUCCUUAU